AUGCUCGAAAAUAGCAUUGUAGGAAUUCAGUACAAAGUAGGCAAAAAAGUAGGAGAAGGAAGCCUCAACUUGCUGAAUAAUGAAAAGGUCGCAAUAAAGUUUGAACCAAGGGACUGCGAGGCGCCGCAACUAAAGGAUGAAUACAGAGCAUAUAAAAUAUUGGCUGGAACAGCCGGAAUACCAAAUGCGUAUUAUUUUGGGAAUGAAAAGACGCACAAUAUCCUGGUCAUCGAUCUACUGGGUCCAAGCCUUGAGGAUAUGUUUGAUAUGUGUGAAAGAAAGUUCUCAAUCAAGACAGUGGCCAUUUUGGCUAUUCAAAUGGUCAAUUUGAUGCAAUCAGUUCAUGAGAAAGGGUUGAUUUAUCGAGACGUCAAACCAGAUAAUUUUCUUUUGGGCAGACCAAACACGAAGCAUGAAAACGACAUUUAUCUCAUUGACUUUGGUAUGGCUAAAUUAUACAAACGCCCUCGGACAAAUCAACAUAUACCCUAUAGAGAGGGAAAGAAUCUGACAGGAACAGCUCGUUAUAUGAGCAUCAAUACGCAUCUCGGAAGAGAGCAAUCACGUCGUGAUGACCUAGAGGCUUUGGGUCAUGUCUUUAUGUACUUCUUACGUGGAUCACUUCCAUGGCAGGGACUAAAGGCACCAACAAAUAGACAAAAGUAUGAAAAGAUUGGAGAGACCAAAAGAGUGACAGGCGUGCAAGCACUUUGUGAAGGAUACCCCGAUCAGUUUGCAAAGUAUUUACGUUACGUACGACAGCUUGAUUUUGAGGAGGACCCGGAUUAUGACUGGAUAAAAGGCUUGUUUUUUGAUGUACUCAAGGAACAAGAUCAAGAUACCGUUAUGUAUGACUGGAUGUUAUUAGAUGAUGCUCAGCAUUGGCAAUUACUGACACCUGAGGAAAGAAAGCGAUGGAUACCCUGUAAACAUAAGCCAGGACCCAAUCGUUUGAAGUGUAACAGUUGA